AGACGAUACGCUGCAGACGUAGAAGAAGCCGCCUGUGAUGUCGUUCCUGUCACAGUGCGCAAAUGCGCAUCCAACGGCACGGGCCUCCGGUGGCUAAUGAAAAGACAAGUAGCAGACUGGAAAACGAGACGUUUGAGCGGAAGAGAAAACAGCGCCUUAGGAGGAAGACAGAAACCAAAGGGAAGGUCUGGGACACGGCAGCAGCCAUGGUGGGUGAACGCCGCAAUGGGAACCUGCUGGUCCAACUUGGCCCGAGGCUUCAGGCUUAUCCUGAGGAGCUGAUCCGUCAGCGCCGCACCCAUGAUGGCCAGACAGAGUACCUAAUUCGCUGGUGCCUUGUCGCCUUCGAUGAUGGCUCCAGCUUCGGGGGCGGGGCCAGCGAGGUGGGUGGUACCAGCAGCGGGAGCUCUGGGGUGGGGGUGUCCAGCAGCUCCACGACAGGUGAAACCAAACCAGAAAACAUCCUCAUGUGGAUGUCUACAGAGGAUGUGUAUGCCAACUGCCCCACACUGCUGGGCAAAAGGAAAACAGACACACAGCGCCCCCUGCAGGCGCAGGAGAAGCUGCAGGGUGGCGAGAGGGUUGACGGAGACCAGAGGAGUGGCGGCGAGUUCCCAGCAGAUGUCACCUUUGAUGAGGUGGAGCUGUCAGACAUGAAAGAGGACGUGAAGAACCUGGUGCGGCGAGCCCGGAAGCAGAUGGCCAAGAAGAGUGACUUUUCUAUCAGCAUCACGCACACCAUCCAUGUGCUCAGUGCCUAUGCCAGCAUUGGGUCGCUGGUGGGCGUCUUCAAGGAGACAGGUGCUCUCAACCUGCUGAUGGAGCUACUGUGCAACAAGGAGACGCAAACAAGACGUAGUGCCGGGAAGAUGUUGCGAGCGCUGGCUUCACACGACGCAGGAAGUCGGGCCUACGUGCUGCUGUCUCUCAGUCAGCAGGAUGGCAUUGAGCAGCACAUGGACUUCGACAACCGCUACACUCUGCUGGAGCUGUUUGCUGAGACCACGUCCUCAGAGGAGCAUGGCAUCUCCUUUGAGGGGAUUCACCUGCCACAGAUUCCUGGGAAGCUGCUGUUCUCUCUGGUGAAGCGUUAUCUGUGCGUCACGUCUUUAAUGGACAACCUCAACUCCAGCCCCUCUCCAGCCACCUCCUCCAGCUCCACCCACCAGACAGAGCACCUCCGGGUCCAGCGGGAGUUUGACUUCACCAUGGCCAUGGCCAACCUGAUCUCUGAGCUGGUGCGAGUGAUGGGCUGGGACCGGAACCACCAGCCCCCCAAUGGCUUUGCCCACCGCCCCAGAGGAGGGGGGGCCUCUGAGGAGCAGGGGGAAGAGGCACCCCGUCCCGUCCUCAGAUCCAUCUUCCAGCCUCGAUUCUGUGCCUCCCCUGUCACUCUCACUGCCACUUCAGCUGUUGCAGCGCCCACCACCACACCGCCUAAGAAGAAGACAGGAAAUGGAUUCAAAACACGCUCUGACUUUGCCAGCCGCUCGGCCUACGUCGAGUAUGUUCAGGACAACCUGAAGAGUGGCAUGAUGGUCCGCAUGCUGGAGGACUAUGAGGAGGUGAGUGCCGGGGACGAAGGAGAGUUUCGCUACAGCAACGAUGGCUCGCCACCUGUUCAGGUGUACUGGAACUCCCUGUCCAGGACAUACUGGGUCCACUGGCACAUGGUGGAGAUCCUGGGCAGCAGCAGCAGCAGUCAGUCUGAGAAAGAGACGCAGGAGAAAGCGUCGUCCCUGACAGAGGCACUCAAACUCUCUGCUGUGAGUCAGACAUUCUUCCUGAAGCCUCCUGGGGGUCUGUACUCUCUGCCGUACCUGUCGGAGGGUCUGCAGAUGGAGCCAAUUUCUCUUAGCAGAGCUGAGUGGUGGGAGAUCCUCUUCUUCAUCAAGAAACUGGAGCCAAAACAGCAGCAGGAGGUCAAUAGCAUCCUCCUGCAGAGCCUUGAUGACCAGGACGGAGAGCUGGAUGACUCGGCCCUGAUUGGCCUCUCUGUCCCUGGAGACACGGCCAAGAAGCUGCUCCACUAUCUGAAGCAGAAGCUGCCGUCUUCAUGCCUGAGUGACCUGCUCUGCUCCCAUGCCUUCUCCAAACACUACCUGAGGAGAGGGGGAGGAUGCCUAGAGGAUGAAGAGCUGCUGGCUGAAAGCUCUGUGGGCUCAUCGGGUCUGGCAGGAGGAGGACAGAGUGCUUUGUCUUCAACAGCCUCAGCCUCUUCUUCCUCAGCAAUGGCCUCCGUCUCUAAGAAAGCCAAGAAGGAGAUUCUUGCGGAGUCCGACCGCAGCAGCUCCGAGACGGAGAGCGAGCUGCCCACAGAGGACGAUAGCAAAUACCCCGACGACCUGGAGGACAAGAUGACAGUGUUCAACAACCCGCGGGUCCAGGGGAAGAAGACAGUGUUGGAGAAGCUGGGGGAGGUGGUGGACAUUAUGAAAAAGGUGGGGUCAGGUUCGGACCAAGUCCAGCAGCUGGCUGCCGUCCUCUUCAUCACCAGGUUGCUGGAGGAGAAGGGAGUGCAGGAGAAAAACUCCAUGAGGAGUGACUCUGCCCAGACCAUGCGGGACAAAGUGCUGAAGCUGCUGGUGGAGCUGCUGGGCUCUUCGUCUAAAGAUGUGGUGGUCUGCACACUGAGACUCACCCUCCUGCUCAUGCAGAAAUAUGAGUGGAGGGUUUCCUUCGCCACCGAGGGCGGAGUCAAAGCCAUCCUGUCCUGCAUGCAGGAGUUCUCCUCCGUUGUUCAUGUCCAGCAGCUGGCGCUUGUGACUCUGAAGGUGAUCACGGGAGCCAGUAAACACGACCCCCGCAGCGUCGGCAGCAGCCUUCCUCUGGCCGGGGCCGGCACUCCGAUGAUUGAUCUUCUGUGCAGCUGCACACUGUCGGUGCGUAACGGCCUGGCGGUCAUCAUCAUGCUUAUCUCCAACCACAAGAGCCUGGCAGAGCAGCUGGUGGCCUGCGACGUCACCGCUAUCCUCAAAAAGUGUUUGACGCUGUCCAGAACUGAGACCAUGCUGGCCAUCGUUGCCCUCAACCAUAUCUCCAUGGUGCACAAGCUGGAGAGCAAAGAGUGUCGUGAGCAGCUGGACUUUAGGGACACAGAGUUACAGAUGUUGGUAGUGAGUCUGAAGGAGCUGACGGCCACUAAGGAGGUGAUCCAGACUCUGGAGCAGCUGCUGUGUGAUGACGCCUCACAACUGGAGGAGGAACGCAGUCAGGUGACUCACAGUCGUGACACGUACCAGGAUCUGGUCCGUCUGAUGGAGCAGCACCGAGCAGACCGGGCCGUCCAGCUCUCCAUCCUGAGGAUCCUGAACAAGUUCCUGGAUAACUACCAGGAGGAUGUGCUGCCAUGGCACGAGAGCAUCGAGCCCUGCCUGUCCUCCAUGACAGCUUUCAUCAACGACAGAGAGGUGGUCCAGCUGUUCAUCCGCUUUCUGUACCGCUUGGCAUCCCUGAACAAAGAUUAUGCGGUGGUGAUGUGUCGUCUGGGGACCAAAGAGGCUCUGGUAAAAGCGUUGGACAAACACAGCACCAACCUCCUGCUGGUCACUGAGCUCCGAGACCUCAUAACCGACUGUGAGAAAUACGCCAGCCUCUACAAGAAGAUGACCACCAGUGUGCUGGCAGGGUGCAUCCAGAUGGUGUUGGGUCAGAUCGAGGAGCAUCGCCGCAGCCAUCAACCAAUCAACAUCCCCUUUUUUGAUGUGUUCCUCAGGAAUCUCUGCCAGGGUUCCAGUGUGGAGCUGAAGGAGGACAAGUGCUGGGAGAAGGUGGAGGUUUCGUCCAAUCACCAUCGAGCAAACAAACUGACAGACAAGAACCCCAAAACCUACUGGGAGUCCAACGGCUGCACGGGCUCGCACUUCAUCAACAUCUACAUGCACAAAGGCGUGGUGAUCAGACAACUGGCCAUCCUGGUGGCCAGCGAGGACUCAAGCUACAUGCCAGCCCGGAUCCUGGUUCUGGGGGGAGACGACCCCACCAACAUCAACACUGAGCUCAACACGGUGAACGUGACGCCAUCGGCCAGUCGUGUGGUUCUGCUGGAGAACAUGACCAGGUUUUGGUCCAUCAUCCAGAUCAGGAUCAAGAGAUGCCAGCAAGGUGGUAUUGACACUCGGGUCCAUGGGUUCGAGGUUCUGGGUCCGAAGCCGACCUUCUGGCCGGUGUUUAAGGAGCAGCUGUGCUGUCGGACCUACCUGUUCUAUAGCACCAAGGCCCACACCUGGUGUCAGGAGGUGAUGGAGGACAGGACGCAGCUGCUGCAGCUCUUCAACAAGCUGAACAGCGCUCUGAGACACGAGCAGAUGUUUGCAGAUCGUUUCCUUCCGGACGCCGAGGCAGCUGAAGCUCUUGGUCGAACCUGCUGGGAGGCUCUGAUCACUCCCAUUGUCCACAGCAUCACACUGUCUGAAUCCUCAGUGGCCAGUCCUCUGUCUUGGCUGCUCAGUGAGUAUCUGGAUAACAGCGAGUUGGCCCGCCGUUGUAAGAGCCGGGCGGCUAUCUUCAACUCCAGAGUGAGACAUCUCACACACCUCCUGGUCCACGUGGACACAAGCCGGCCGGAUAGCGAGGAGUUGAAACCACCUGUCAAAUCAAAAGGUCUCAACAGGAGCAAAGAGCCAAGGAAUGGUAAAGAGGGCAAAAACAGAGACACCGCUGCAGCCUCUUCCUCCUCCUCCUCUUCCUCAGCCAAGCCCAAAGUGAAGAGCAGCAGCAGCAUAGCAGGCAUUGCCCUCUGUUGGCAGGGAGUGGUACAGCGCCAGGUGAAAAAGUUUCUGGACUCGAGUUGCAGUCUGCCGGACUUCGUGGAGCGUUACCGGGCUCUGUACCUGCAGCUGAAGAAGGCCAUGGAGGAGCUAUUCGGACAGCAGACCGCCUUUGUCCUCGCCCUUCGACACGGCUUCUCUGCUGCACUGCUGCAGCUGUCCAUCCUCAGGGCCAUGCAUGUGAGUGAGCGUUUUGCUCAGUACAUCGAUCAGAUGAUCCAGGCCAGCGGAACGGCGUCCGGCAGUGUGGAGACUCUGGAGCGACUGCAGCAGUUUCUGGAGCCGAUGCUCUUUCUGUCGGGCCUGGAGCUUGCCAACACUUUUGAACACUUUUACAGGUACUACCUGGGCGACCGGCUGCUGGCUCAGGGGAACGUGUGGCUGGAGAGCGCUGUGAUCGAUCAGAUUGGCAGCUGCUUCCCAAGUCGCUUUCCUCAGCAGAUGUUGAAGAACCUGAGCGAGUCGGCUGAGCUGCAGCAGGAGUUCCACCUGUACCGCCUGCAGCAGCUGGACCGACGCCUGCAGGAGAAUGACCAGAUGAUGGAGGAGGAGUGGGCAGAGUCAGAGGAGGAGGCGGAGGUCCAGGUCCUGGUUCUCUCUCCACGCUGCUGGGCUGUCUCCUCGUUCUGCUUUCUGGACGAACCGCCAAAACAUUUUGCAGCCGAACCCUGCUCCUACCUGAACCAGUUCACCCAGUUCUACAUCCACAGUCAGUCCAUGUAUGGUCUGAGUCACUCGAAGCCUCGGCGGCUGCAAUGGACAUGGCUCGGUCACGCUGAGCUGCAGUUUGGCUGCUGGACACUGCAUGUCUCCACACUGCAGAUGUUCAUCCUGCUGCAGUUCAAUAGUCACGAGGAGGUACGAGUUGAGGCUUUGCUACAGGUGACCGGUCUGUCUCCUGCUGUCCUGCUGCAUGCUCUGAUGCCGCUCAUCACCGAGAGAGGACCGCUGAUCUGCAGCCAGCCGAACAAGCCUAGCGAGGGUGUGCUGCAAUUAAACCAGCAGGUGGCGUCUCACAGUCUGGAUGGCGAACCAUUGUCAGUGCAGCUGCUGCCCAGACAGACUUACCUGAACGUGGACGAGGACGUGGCCGGCACAUUGGAAAGGAAGAGGAACUACGUCUACUGUCUGAUUGUCCAUAUCAUGAAGCAGGAGAAGGAGAUGCACAUCGACAACCUGGUCUUCAAGGUUCUGGACUCGUGUCAGAAACAGGAAGCGUCUCGGUCCCCGGGAACCGGCCGUUUCAGCUGCAGUAACAGUGACGUGCUCUCCUGCAUCAUGCACGUCAUCAGCAAAGGCUGCAUCCGCCGCAACGAAGACAAUCCACACAUUGUAGAGUUUGUCCCCGAGGACCCGUCCACACCACAGAAAGGCCAGGCCCAGUUCUCCUUCAGCCGGACCGAGAUCAGGAAGGAUGCCGUUGCCGGUGCCACCAAGAGCCGGGCCGACAUUAGUCUGGCGCCGGCCCCACGGCUGUUUGAGGACGCCAUCCUGGAUGGAGUUGUGUUCUCGAUGGGUCGGACGAUGACACAGGAGGAAGUUCGUCAGCUAAUGCAGAGGACCGUCCAGCAGGUUUCAGGGACUCUGAGUCUGGACCUGGACUGGGCUGAGCACCUGCUGGUUCACUGCAAGUGGAAUGUGGACCUGCUAGUGCAGCGCUACGCCGAUGACCCCGACGCCCUCAUCAUGGCCGCUGGGCUAAAGUGCCGAAACCCUCAGCCUCCACCGAGCCCCACCUCCACCUGCCCGGUUUGUCUGGGACCCCGGACCGCCUCCUCAGAGCCGGUCCCAUCACUCAGCUGUAUGCACUACUGCUGCAGGUCAUGUUGGCAGGACUACCUGACAGUGAGGAUCGAGCAGAACCUGAUCAUGAACUGCCAUUGUCCGAUCACAGACUGCCCAGCUCAGCCCACCUCCCAGUUCUUUCUCAACAUCCUCACUGACAAGGACACCAUCGGCAAGUAUGAGAGCGCCUUGCUCCGCGGCUACGUGGAGUGCUGCUCCAACCUGACGUGGUGCACCAACCCUCAGGGCUGCGAUCAGAUCCUCUGCAAGGAGAACAUGGGCAGCAUAGGAACCUGCUCCAAGUGCUGCUGGUCAUCCUGCUUCAGCUGCAACUUCCCUGAGGCACACUACCCAGCCAGCUGCAGCCACAUGUCCCAGUGGAUGGAUGACGGGGGCUAUUAUGAAGGGAUGAGCAUGGAGGCCCAGAGCAAACAUCUCGCCAAGCUGAUCUCCAAACGCUGCCCGAGCUGUCAGGCUCAGAUCGAGAAGAACGAAGGCUGCCUGCAUAUGACCUGUGCCAAGUGUAACCACGGUUUCUGCUGGCGAUGUCUGAAACCCUGGAAGCCAACACACAAAGAUUACUACAACUGCUCCGCCAUGGUGAGUAAAGCAGCACGCCAGGAGAAGAAGUUCCAGGAUUAUAAUGAGAGAUGCACCUUCCACCAUCAGGCCAAGGACUUUGCCAUUAACCUGGAAAACAAGGUGUCAUCCAUUAAUGAAGCUCUGCAGAUGAAGUCGCUGACGUUCGUCAUCGACGCUUGUAAAGUCCUUGCUCAGGCUCGAAAGGUGCUGGCCUACUCCUGCGUCUACAGCUACUACAACCAGGAGACAGAGAAGAUGGAUGUGAUGGAGCAGCAGGCGGAGGAUCUCGACCUGCACACCAACGCCCUGCAGAUCCUGCUGGAGGAGACUCUGCUCCAGUGCACCGACCUGGCCUCCUGUGUCCGUCUGCUGAAACCAGAACACCUGAACACUGGGCUGGAACUGAUCCGACGCAUCCAGGAUCGCCUUCUGGUCAUCCUGCAGCACUCCACCCAGGACUUCAGGGUGGGCUACCAGUCCAAGAGCAGCCAGGAGCCAGAGUCGACUCAGGCGUCCAACCUGUCCAACCACACUGACGCCAACAAAGUGUCCAAGUCAGACCGAGCGUCCCUGUCCAGAGACUCGGACAACAACAACUACACAGGUGAGGAGGGCGGCGAGGAGGCGGAGGACGAGGACGACGAGGACGACGAGUACGACGAGGAGUACGUCCCUGAGUGGCAUGAGGACUAUGAUGAGGACGACAUCGACGAGGAUGACUUCUUCUCCGAUGAUGAUGAGUCUGAGAACCUGGAGAGGGACUUCAACCCCUUUGACUGAGUGGGGUGCGAAAAUAAAAACCUCCAGCACUGAGGGAAGAGAGAGGACGAGUCUAACCCCGACAUGCUCGUUCCCCACCCCUGAUGCUACUGCAGAUCAUCUGGAAGGGUGAGAGACGAUCAGAAGGGAUGUCCUCCUUCACCGCAACACCCCCACCCCAAACACGGCUGCACUUGCUUGUCCACUUUCUGCAUUUUACCUUCUGUGUUGUUUUGAGUCAGAAUAGGGAAGACGAGGCUCAAGAAAACAAGUUCUGGGUUUAAUUGUUAAAUUCUGAGUCUGUUUUGACUUUUCACUCACUUGUCUGAACUGGUUUACUACCAGUUUCAGAAGUCUAAAACCACUUUAAUCCCACUUUGAUUUUGUUUCUUCUUGAAUUUGACUGAGUUUCAGAAUUCAGACUUAAAAUUGAAACUGAGAUUUCACGAUUGUAACUUUGAGCUCAGAACAGUUUCCUCUCGUUGUGGACGGACGUCUCUUCCGCACUGACCCGCCUGAGCUCUGGCCUGGUUCUGGAUCCGGUGGUUUCGGUGUCACUUGAAAGAUCUUUUCCAGAGGAGGUCUGUUAGUUUAGUUUUAGUGUCUUUCACAGAGUAAAAUGUUUGUGUUUCUGCUGCUGCUGCUUUGUGGAUUCGUUCUUGACCAAUAAAGGGGUUCGUAAGCGAGACGGCUCGUCCACCUCUCAUUUGUCAUUUUGUAUGUAUUUUAAACUCUGUUCUCUGUUCAUCACAUGUUCUGCCUCAACUUAUUUUUACAAUGGAGGCUGCCUUCAUUUGAGAGUAAAGAAAAAUAGAAACUUAAAAUGCAGCACUUCUUCUGUAACCUUUCAGAUGUAGAUUAACUCUGAGUAAAAGUUUUUUUUUACAUCAGUCGGAUGUUUCUAUGCAUCUGAGGAAACUGUUGGUGUGUUGUGUCUGUAAAGUCUGACAUCAGCCUCCAAAUAUCAUUGCAAUAACUGGUCGAUCAUUUGAUUAUAGGCUGACUGUCGCAUCAUUUGCUAAGCAAAGACUUUGUCACCUGUUCUGUUUUCUGUCUUUAAAAAGGACAUUGUUACUUUUGUUUGUUGUCAAGAUGACUGCACGAAUCCAGGGGUGUCUGAUGUUCCAGCUCCCUGUGCUGCUGUAAUUUUGACAAAUCCUAUAUUCAUAUUGUUGAUGUUUGAUAAUGUUCUUUCUGGUUACUUUGUUGGAGUCGAGCGACUUCAGCCAGCAAACUAAAUAAAAGCUUUUUCUGC